AUGAAUAAAACUCCUCAGUUGUCCAAGCUAGAGUCGCUCAAUUACGACACCCGUCUUGCGAUUUUAGGGUCUUGUGAAUCGUUCAAGGAUCUUGCUGCACUUAUUCGAGCAUCUCCAACACUCUAUCACACAUUUCUUGCUAACAAGGCUCCUUUGUUGUUAUCGGUUGUGGGAAACAUCCUUGGCCCCGCGGCUCGAGAUGCCGCUAUGCUGGCAAAAACUCGGCUAGACAAAAGCAAAGAUUUUCUUCGUCGGGUUGCCGAGGUAGCUCAAGACUACAAAGCCCACUUGCGUGUGGCUGGCCUGCCAUGGGUGACUGGGCUGGAUGCCGAGACUGCCGUUGCCCUGACGCACAUUACGAGGGACACUCAGUUCUGCGUUGACAUGUAUGGCCACAUCCAACGUUGGCAAUUCAUACACGAACUGGACCUGUCGGAGCGUGAGGCAACCAUUUCUGGCCGACCUCGUCUGAGUCGAAACGAACGCAUCCGCAUUGCUCAAGCCAUUCUACGCCGUCAGGUACUUGAAUUAAUCUUCAGGAGAGGAUUGAGGGCGGCCGUUGAUCUGUCUCAAUCUAUGAGAGCAUUCAUGCCGCUCUUUCGCACGUGGGAAUGGCAGCAGAUAUCGGAUAUGGACCACUUCAUAACGUUCCUGUUUCAGUGGCUCGACUUAGACAUGGACGAGUUGCUUUCAUUUAUUAACAAGCCUGAUCUAGAGGCAAUUGUUCAAAACGUGAAGAUUGUUCUCAAUCCCUAUGACGCUUCGCUAGAGUCCAUGCAGAAACUUUGGCUGAGCUAUGCCCAACAAACCCACUGCGGUAUUUUGCACUUCCUUGAAGGAAGCCAUCGCCUCGGAGCACUUUUACCCAAUGACAGUCAGCAUUCGAACACGUUUGGUGACGAUGACGACUCAGGUCCGGAACCCGACAUCGACGACCAGCCCUGGGCUUGGAGAGACGCGCUGUGCGGAAAUGACACGUGUAGAUGGGGUAUGGAUUUGAUCCAAUUGCAACUUGGACAUGAAGCAGACAUGGAACAGUACUCCCGGCUCGGCAGAGCGCUGGUAAAUUGGAGGUCAUUUGGUAUGGUAUUUUGGGACCGUGAUCGGGUUGAAAGGAUGAAGGCAACGAGACAACUUAACCUGUGCCAAACAGGCUGGCUUAUCCCGUGGCAAGACAAAAUCAAGACUAGUCAGUGA